AUGAUUUGGCUGGCUAUACUCAUCACAGUCGUCUCGUCCACCAGCUGCUCUGUGGGCAAGGCGCUGCAGAAGGAGGCCACCCGCCACCUGCCGCGCUUCUCAGCCUCCGACCGCAAGAUACUGGCGCAGUACCUGCACAGCCGCGUGUGGCUGACGGGGCUGGCAGCGGAUGUCGGGGGCGCCGUCCUGCAGAUUGCCGCCUUUGCGCUGGCGCCGGUCUCCAUUGUGCAGCCGGUGAGCGGCGUGGGCCUGGUGGGCCUGGCGGUGUACAGCCACCUGUUCCUCAAGGAAAAGAUGCAUGCGCUGGAGUGGGGGGCGGUGGCCCUGGCCUUUGUCGGCACCAUAGGCCUGGGCGCCACAGGCUCUGAUGGUGAUGCUGCUGGCAGCGGCGGCGCCGCAGAUGCCGCGGCGGCGGCAGCCGGCGCCGACGGGGCUGGCGGCACGGCUGCCGCCGCCGCCGUCAAGGCGGCGGGGGCUGCUCGGCAGGUGGUGCAGCCCGGCGCGUUCCGCAUGCUGGGCGUGGUGCUGCUGCUGUCGGCGGGCGUGCUGCUCGUGUCGCUGCUGCGCCAGCGCCACCACCACCGCCAGCGCCGCCCCGGCGACAGGACCACGGCGGCGACGUACGGCCUGCAGGCGGGAGCAUGCUUCGGCCUGUCCGCGGCGUCGUGCCGCAUAGGCUUCCUGCUGGCGCAGCGGUUGAGCAAGUUGUGGGUGGCGGUGGGGCUGGGCGGCAGCGUGACGCUCAGCAGCAGCGGCUUUGUGCUGCAGACGUUGAUCGUGUGCACCCUGGCGGCAGUGAGCAGCAUGGUGACCGGCGUGCUGGUGGGCGUGCUGGGCCUGGCCGAGGCGCUGCCACAGACGGCAGGGGCGGUGGUGACACGUGUGCUCAGCUGGGCAUGCGUCCUGCUGGGCGUGACGGUGCUUGCCAAUGGUGCUGGUGGCGCCCGCGAGCUGGCGGCGGUGGUGCUGUCCAAGCUGCCGGACUUUGUGUGGAAGGUGCUGCCCGUUAGCCUGGCUGUCAAGAUGAAGAGCUGGGCCACGCACCGCGUGGAGCUGCCAGAGCUGGCGGCACCCGAGCUGCGGCAGGCAGGGUCUGGAGCCCACACCAAGCGGCUUCGUGUGGUUAGGGACUGGCGGGAGCAGACUGGCCCAACGAGCUUUGUGGGGUGUGGCGGGUCCUUCCCGCCGCAAGCCGGAGUGGGCGUGCGCGUAAGGGACCACACGCUGGUGUCGGUGCACAGCUUCAAGGGCGACCAGGCCCACCUGCUGGACAAGCUGAUCGCCGCCUCCCAGCGCAAGGAGGUGCCCACCGAGGCCCUCAAGGAGCGCACCCUGGUGCCCUUCUUCGACUCGUCGGAUGCCUCUGCCACCAGCUUCCAGUCGCUGCAGGCGGGCCGCCGCCCCGCGGCCACCAAGCCGCUGACCGUGCCCAAGCAGCCCCAGGCUGCGCUGCAACACGGCCUCAAGCGCCACGCCCACGAGCGCUCCAGCGCCCACCUGGCCAGCAGCCCGCCCAAGAAGGAGGCCGAGGUGGUGCAAGCCAAGCACCAGCGCGGCAAGCCCGCCGCCUCUGCCGCCUCGUCUGGCGGCAAGGGCGCCGCCGCCGGCUCCUCCUCCGACACCGAGGCCAGCUCCGCGCGCAAGCCACGCCCCGCCAGCGGCAAGAAGCACCAGCGCGAGGUGGCCGCACGCGCCGCCGCCCCCUCCGGCGGCAGCCAGCGCGCGUCGCCGCCGCGCAAGCGCCCCGAGCACGCCGCCACCCACGCACGCGCCCCGGCCGCGGCCUCGGCGCUGCGCACGCCCGCCAAGGGCACCAAGGCGGCCCCCGCCGCCCCCUCCAGCAAGUUUGCGGGCCCCGCGUUCACCAACAGCCCCACGCCAGACAGCCUGCCCAUCCCCACCUCCAGCCUCCUCCUGCAGGAGGCUGCCGACGGUCUGCGCUCCCGCCUGACCCUGUGA